ACAGGGAACAAUUUCUGGGUGUUUAAAGACACACUGGUGGAGCCCGGCUACCCGCGGCGCCUCUCUGAUUUUGGGCUGAACACGGACAGCAUUGAUGGCGCCUUCGUGUGGAAGCACAACAAGAAAACCUACUUCUUCCGAGAGAACCGCUUCUGGAGAUACGAUGAGCGACUCGGAAGAAUGGAUGGCCGCUACCCACAGGACACCAAUCUAUGGCAGGGGCUGCCGCCGGAGAUCGAUGACGUCAUCAGCUGGGUAGAUGGUAACACGUAUUUCUUCAAGGGCUCCCAGUACUGGCAGUUCAAGGAUGGACAAGUGGAGGCAGAGCCUGGCUACCCUCGCAGCAUCGCCAGAGACUGGAUGUACUGCAGAAGCGAGUCGCUGCCACCGCAGCCCACAGAGGAACCCGAGAGACGAGACCAGCAAGACUGCAACUGCCCAUGCUUGCAGGGAAACGACGCGGCCCUCUCAAAGGCCAGUAUGGCGAUCAUCGGCAUAACCGCCGUUCUCAGCAUGGCGACCUGGUACUAGAGCGGUCCUCAUAUUGAGGCACAAGGACUCUCUCACACACCAAUCAGGAGCCACCAAAUGUCCUGGCUUAGCCCAAUCUUUUAUUGACAGAAAGGAUUCUUGCUGUACAGAUUACAAAACAAAAAAAAAAAGAAGAACAAAAAUAAACACGAAAUAAGUUUCACCGA